AUGGGGGGAUAUGUGAAGCUAACAACGAAUAAAGUAAAGAAAUCGAGAAUUCGAACAAUUCUCGCAUUUUGAGACUUAGGGAGCAUGGAUCUUACACUCCGGUGGUCUUUUAAUCAUUCAUCACGUUUCGUGAUAAACAAGGUUAUACACCUAUUUAAAAAAAUGUUGCACUUUUGUUAUAGCGGAUGUGUGUGCCUUAACGAACUUUAAGGCAAAUGUUGACGGCUGCUGAUUUUAAAUCUCCCGCCUGUCGGAAACUAGAUCCCAUGAUACACCGCGGGUUACGACACACACCCGGGAACAAAAAUGCAACCUUUUUUGAAAUAGGUGUAUGUUUGGUUCUUAUUUCCCUGGGAGAAUUCAUUAAAUAUUGCCUGCUCUUCACGGUGUGUGUGUUAGCUGCUUACUAAGUGUGUUAUUGGUUCAGCUGCAAGGAAAGGACGUCAAUUUGCAUCGUACACUCAUAACCAUUUCCCAGUCAACCUUAUGGCAAAAGAGAGCCGUAAGAACAGCAGUCAACCUUAUUGUAAGAGAGCCGAAAGAACAGCAGUCAACCUUAUUGUAAGAGAGCCGAAAGAACAGCAGUCAACCUUAUUGUAAGAAAGCCGAAAGAACAGCAGUCAACCUUAUGGUUAAAGAGAGCUAUAAGAACAGCAGGGAAGGUUUUUUAUGCCCAAGAGCGCCUCCUAAAGAUACAAAAUGGUUCGAAACUCAAGCAAUUACAACACUUCUGAGCGUAUUUGCUAUCCAUUCACGCAGGUUUGGCCAAACAGAGGGGAGCUAGGGCCUGCAUAUACGACCGCAACAAUAAUAGAGGCUCUUCUAGUUAUCCCAACUUCAGUUGAGAACUUCCUAGUUGUUGCAGGAAUCUGGAAAACUAGAUCUCUACACUCUCCGGCGAAUUUCCUUAUUUGCGUGCUCGCGAUAAGUGAUAUGGGAGUCGGUAUAGCCGUCCUACCGUUUCAUAUAGCGGCAAAUAUGUACGCUUUGUAUACAGACUUCUCGCCAUGGUGCGACGCCACGAGAAUAGCGUAUGGAAUUGGUGUGUUCUUCGCGUGUGUCUCCUUGGUUACGAUAACCGCGAUCAGUAUAGAGCGAGUGGCUGCCCUAUAUUGGGCACUUACUUAUGAGUCCUUCGCAUCUAACAACAAAGUGGCCUUAUUCGUGAUUAUCACUUGGCCGGGUUCCGCUCUUCUUUCGUUGCUGCAGUACUUUGACAUUAGCACCUAUAAGAUUCUUGCAGCUGCUAUAUCGUUCCUCUGUUUUGUCGCAAGUACUAUCGGUUGCUUUAAAAUCUACCAAGUUGUCCAUCAUCACAGAACACAAAUCCGCCACCAGGAAAGCGUCACAAAGACAAGUUGCAACCGCGUUGCGGAGGCGACAAGGGAUCGCGCCGCUAUCGCCAAGCGCCGAAAGUCAUCUCUAGCAAUGCUGUUGCUAUACGGACUUUUUGUGUUGUGCUAUACCCCUUACGUUAGCGUGCAAUUGGUGAUGCUUUUUGGACUGGACAAUGGUUUCAUUCAAGCAUGGGAAAUUACGACAGUUAGUAUAGUAUUUGUGAACUCAGUACUGAAUCCUCUACUUUACUGCUGGCGUAUGAGGGAUAUUCGCAGGGCGAUGAUGUCUGUCCUCCCAUGGCAUGCGCCGUACUCGGAGAGCAAUAAUAGUGUUACGUAUUUUGAUCGGACAAUACAGGGCUCAGUAAUCAAUACAUAAACGGACUGAUGACAGUCCGGGCAAAAUCACGGAUCCAGAGGUUUCCUGAAAGGGAAAUUUGCAUCAU